AUGGCCGACAGUUUAGAAAAUUUGAACGAAAAACGUGACCAACUUUUGCUGGAUUUUUUCGAAAAACUCGAAACUUUGGAGGAGGUCCGAAACGAUUUAACAAAUGCGAUGAGGAAUGGCUUUCUUUCAAUGUCCAAAGCUAGGUAUUCUAUGGGAAAUAAAGCGGUUGGGGAAAUGCAAUAUUCAAGGAAUAUGACUGCCUCAACUUUGGUGUCAGAACGAGAUAGCUGCUCAAGUAAAGAUGACAAAAACAAACUUAAAACAGUUUUGAAAGGUUUUGAAGUUGUAUUUGAUGGGGAUAAAACGAAAAAUGAAACAUGCAAGGGAGUGGAAGAUUUGGUGGAAAAUGAAAGGCCUGGGCUUCGGCAAAGAGGUGCUGCAAAAAGCCAUCAAGGGGGAACUGAGGGGGGAGGGCCAGAGGGCAAAAUUGAAACAGAAUUUGCAAGUAGAAAGAAGACUACGGACCCAUUGAAAUGGUUUGGUGUACUGGUGCCAAGCUCGUUAAAGGAUUGUCAAAAGGAGUUCAAGGCAGCAUGUCGUUUAUCAUGCGAGAUUGUACAGUUAGAAGAAGAACUGGCCAGGAUAAUGGGCGACUAUCACAAGUUGAAAGAAAAGAAGAUAAUUGUUCAGAGUUUAGAUGAAAAUAAAGACAAAUAA